UGGUUCCAGAUGCUGAAAUUCCUCGACCAGUCUACUGAGGCCGACGAGAGUUUGUGCAAUCUGGAGAGCCCUGAAAGUGAAACGGGAAGUGAACGUGCCACUCCGACGUAUGAGGAGAUGAUUGCGCAUGCGGUACAAGAGCCUGUCGCAUGUAGCGAGGCUCAGCCACAGCCCCUGCGUCAAGAGCGGCCUCCCACUAAAAGGAGGAGAGUCACGCCUGACGUGGCCACAAAUGUAAUGGUGGAGGCCACCAAGACACUUCAGGCUGUGGCUGAUGCUGCCAGAUCCAUGCCUGUCCAAGAAGACCGCUACGGCACCCUUGGCGCCCACAUCGCAGCAGAACUGCGGGAAAUGGAGAAGGUGGGCGGCAGGGAAUACACCACUGUCACUGCGCACAGUCUGCAGCGGACAUUAAUGGACAGGUGGGAUUUGCUGCAUGCGACAGCCCGUGCACAACCGUCCACCUCAGGUUAUAUCCAGGCUGCCUUGCAGCAGGCUGGAAUAGAGGAUGAAGAUUCGAUGUUAUAAAUAUAUAUGUGUGUAUUAUUUUUGUAUCUCUCCAAUCUUCUUAAUCUAUUUUUAUAAUCAGGGUGCCUCACAUUGUAAAGUGUCUCAUCCGCUUCAUACAUCUCUAUUAAUUUUGUGGUAUCACACAUCAAUUGUAUUUUGCCAUGUAAAUAAAGUUACAUAAAUAAAGUAAUAACAAUUUAUCUUCAUGAACAUAAAGUGUAUCGAACAUUUAUUUACCUUCAGA